AUGCCAGCCCCAGCAGCGCCCCUCGCAGGGCAGCAUGCCGCCAGUAGACAACCACGAUAUAACCCCUUGAUUAAUCCAACGCAUACUCGACCAGUGCUAGUGGAGGAGCAUCUACAAGAUAAACCCCACAUCUUCCUUACGCGACCAUGGCUUGGAGCUCUCUUAUUCGAGAACGUCGCCUCCGAUGCCCGCGACCACUGUGCGAAUGAACGCACAUUCCUCUCGUGGCUGCGACUCUCCAUGUAUCUAGGCAUCGUAUCGAUCGCCAUCAUCAUUUCGUUCCAUUUUCAGACUCAGCCAACCGGGCUUGAGCGUCGGAUGGCCCUGCCGCUGGGCAUCGUAUUCUGGGUCUUAAGCUUGGUCUGCCUCGCCAAUGGACUUGCAAAUUACAUUCGGACAGUGAAAAAGUACAGCCGGAGAGCGGCGCUUGUGCAAAGCGGGUGGAAGACGCAAAUGACGUUUUUGAUUGUUGGGGCAGUGAUUCUGGGAAGCUGUAUUGUGUUUUUGGUGACUGAUGCCGAGAAACAAUAG